GUCAAACAAUUUCACACUGGAAAAAAAGUCUUAAAAUAAUCAAUAUAAUUGCAUACUUUCAUAUUGUCCUCAAUCUCGUUACACUGCGUAAUGACAAUAAAGCUGAUUCUGAUUCUGAUACUACGACACAAAACCCAUAUUUAAGCAUCCCUUAAAGUCUGCUUUAACGUAAUUAAUUGUCAAUUUGAUGUAUUUUUUAUAGUUUAUUUAAAUAUUAUCACGUCAUCUUGCUUGCCGCCACCAGAGGGCGCCGACUCUCACACUUCCACAUCCACGUACACGUUCACAUACAGGCGCCCGACUGCGCAUGCGCGUGAACAUUCCUAGUGCAGCGGCAACCAGUGGCGGGGAGGGCGGUGCGCAAAAGGGGGCGUGGUUUAAGCGGCGCAUGGCCCGCAUGCGCUCGCUCCCCUCCAUGUUUGCGGCGAUCUUUGGACCUCCCCCCCCCCAGGGAAGGAACAUUGUCCUCCGCCGUGCUGGGGGGUUCCACCAUGGAGUCGGAGCGCACUUAAAGGGACGCCGGCCCAACUUGGCUCCUCUCCAUUAGUGGACGGCAGCGGGCGAGAGAGAUGGCUCCUCGUCUCCCCCUCCUCGUCCUCCUGCUCCUCGCUGCGGGCGCGCUGGGCGGACAAGAGUUCCUGGAGAACAUCGUGCGCUUCUACGGACGCAACGAGUCCAUCUCCCGCCGCGACCUGGAGGACUUGCUGCUCCUCAUCUCGGCCCGGAGAGCGGAGUCCGUCUCGGAGGACAGCAACCCUUUGGCCGGACAGGAGUGCCUGUCGGCCAAGCAGAUCUUGUCCCACUUUGGCCUCCCAAAUGGCAGCCAGCUGGGCGUGGACCACCUGGAGAGGAUCUGUCCUGCCGUGUUGACCCAGGUGCUGCUGCCCUCCUGCCCUUACACCGCCCCCCACCCUCCGCCUCCCCUCCACUACUCGGUUUGGGGGUGGGGCUUCCUGGCGGUGACGGUCAUCAACCUGGCGGCGCUGCUGGGCCUGCUGCUGAUCCCCUUCACCAAGAAGUCCUACUUCCCCAAAGUCCUGACCUACUUCAUCGGCCUGGCCAUCGGGACUCUCUUCUCCAACGCCGUGCUGCAGCUCAUACCCGAGGCCCUCGGGUUUGAUCCCAAGGAGGACGACUACGUGGCCAACGCCAUCGGCAUCUUUGGAGGAUUCUACCUGCUCUUCUUGGUGGAGAGGAUCUUGAGGUUGCUUCUGCGGGUGGAACAUGAGCACGGCCCCUCCCACCUCGCUCCUGCCGCCCCGCCCCUGCAGAACGGCGAGGUGCCGGAGAAGGGGGACUCCAAGACGGUGCCGAGCAUCUCGGGCAGCGUCAGCAGCGUCAACUCGGACCGCACGCGUGCAGACAUGAUCCCGGCGGAGGAUGUGCAGGCGUCCAGCGUGAUGUGUCGCUGUCUGCGUGGCCAGCGCGUCGGCAACAUCAAGACGGUGGCGUGGAUGAUCACCCUGAGCGACGCGCUGCACAACUUCAUCGACGGCCUGGCGAUCGGCGCCUCCUUCACCGUGUCCGUCCUGGCCGGCUUCAGCACGUCCACCGCCAUCGUGUGCGAGGAGUUCCCCCACGAGCUGGGUGACUUUGUGAUCCUCCUGAACUCGGGCAUGAGCGUCCCUCAGGCCAUCUUCUUCAACCUCCUGUCGGCCAUGGCGUGCUACGCGGGUCUGGUGUUGGGCAUCCUGCUGGGCAGCAACUUUGCCCCCAACGCCAUCUUCGCCGUGGCGGGGGGAAUGUUCCUCUACAUCGCCCUGGCAGACAUGUUCCCGGAGAUGGACGCCAUUUCUCGGGAGGCCACGCGGACUUCCUCCAGGCUGCUCUUCCUCCUGAUCCAGAACGCCGGGCUGCUGACGGGCUUCGCCAUCAUCCUGCUCAUCACCACGUUUGCAGGGCAGAUCAACCUGGGCUGAAGAAAAGAACACAAGCUCUUCCAGUCAUGAAACCCAGCUUGAUUCGUCUUAAAGAGACAGUACACUCUUUUUCACUAUGCAGUUUUUUUGUAUUUGUCUAAACAUAUAUAUAUAUAUAUAAAUAUAUAUAUAUGUGUGUGUGUUUGUGUAUGAUUUACAGAAUCACAUCCUUUAUUUAAUUUUAAAAUGGAACCAAUUGCAGUUUAGAUGUUUUAAAGUUGUAGUUUUGUUGCGUUUGUUCAGAGUUUCUGUUUGAGAGAACGUGACUUGAAAUCUAAAUGUCUAAGAGUAGACUUUGUCAACAACUAGGACCUUUUUGGCCUCCUGGCUUUUUUAAUGCUUUGGUUUUGUUGUUGUUAAAUCAUGUAAAUAUGAAAGUGGGGAUUCCUAGACCGGAGUACUGUGUUGAAAUAUAUUCCAGCUCUUUAAAGUA